AUGCUCCUUCACGCAGUACCCCUCCGCCCAUACCGGGCAAGACACCAGGCCCUGCCCACGCCCUGCAGGCCAGGAGCAGCGGGAGCCCCGCGCAUCUCGGCGAAUGUUCCCCGGCGCCGAAAAGCAAGCUCGAAAGCGCCAAGCCUGACACUCCGCCCGCGCCCUGCGAGCGCCCGCCCCACGGCGGGGAGAGCAGGAAGGCGGCCCCUCCCAGCGUGCCCCGCGCGCGACAGAGGCCGGUGCGCCUGCGCGUUGCGCGGCCGGCUCCCACCUCAGCGCAAGAUGGCGGCGGGCGCCUCGGAUCCCCUGGAAGAGAUGCUGCUCUUCUCCGAGGAGGUGGACGAGAAGGCGGUCAGCGACCUGGUGGGCUCCCUGGAAUCGCAGCUGGCCGGCGGCCGGGGCUCGGCCGAGGCGCCCCAGCCCAGGACCUCCGCCCUGUCCCAGCCGCAGCAGCCGCAGCAGCCGCAGCAGCAGCAGCGCCAGGGCAGCCUGGCGGGGGGCGGCAGCCCCGUCCGGCAGCAGCAGGGGCACCCCGCGCCCCCCCCCGCUACCGGGGUGGAAGAGGCUGCGGCGGGCCGUCCCGGAGCCGCGGAGAGCCGAGCCCCCGCCCCGGGGCCGCUCCCGUCCCCGUCUCCCCCGGCGGCAGCGACGGCGGUAGCGGUGGCGGCGGCGGCGGGGCGGGGAGUGAGUGUAAACAGUAGUAGUGUGCAGCAAUCACAUGGAGCGGCUCUGCUCGGCGGCAGCCCCGCCGCCCCGGCCCCGCCGCAGCCCGCCGCGCCCCCGCCCGCCCCGCCUGUCAACAACCAUGUGGCCGCCGGCGCCGGCUCCCGGGACACGGGCAGCCCCAGCCCCGGCCGCAGCCCGCCCGCCGUGGAGACGCCACCGCGCGACGAGGCCGUGGAGGGGAGCGGGGCGAAGGGCGGCGGGCGGGCUGCGACGGAGGGAGCCGACGCCGCCGAGCCCGCGCCGCUGCCUGGCGAGGCGGCGCCCAACGGGGAGGGCGCCGGGGGCCGGGCGGCGGCGGUGCCGCCAGUCAGCGGCCAGCAGAGCCCGGCCGGCAGGGAAGGCGGCGCGGCGCAGCCCAAGCCCGCGCACGGCCCUCAGCCCGCAGUAAACGCACUUGGCAACUCCGCCAGCCCCGCGCCCGCCGCCACCCCGCCGGGACCGGGCUCUGCUGCCAAACCCGCGGGCGUCGCCAAGCCGGGCGCUGCCCUCCCUGCCGCUUCGCAGGCGCUGUCGCCACGGCCCGCGCUGGGUGCUGCCCCGAGGCUGGUGGCCCCGCAGCUGAUCGUCAGGCCGCCGCAGCAGACCACCAUCCAGCUGCCGCCGGGCUUCACCAUCCCGCCCGGCAUGGUCUUGGUGCGCACGGAUGCUGGACAACUUGUGAUGGUACCUCAGCAGGCUCUAGCCCAGGCACAGAUGCAGGCUCAAGUGCAGACCCAGGGACAAGGUCCUGCCAGCAUUUCGCCUCGACUUUCAGUGCCCACAAGUGGCCCAGUUUUUCGCCUAACAACAACUCAGCAACCAACUUCUGUAGCCACAUCUACUGUUCGCCUUGGACUUCCAGUGCAAGCCAAAGUUGUUCAGUCAACUGCAACACCUGUUAGUGCUACAGCUGCUGCAACUCUGCCAGGAGGCUCUAUUCUUUCACAUACCACAGUAUCAGUAGGUACAACAAAUGCUCAAAAUUUGUUCAAGACUACAGUAUCAACGGGAACACCAACAUCUCAACAGCCUGCAGUAAUUACUGGUGGACAAACUCAAUCUGCAGCACAAAACCAGAGUCAGCCUCGGCUCCCACUUCCACCUCAUACAACAGCACAAGUGCCAGCACAGCCCCAAGUCAUACCAAGCUCUCCUGUACCUGGAACUACAGUUGUAUCACAGGAGAUGCAAGAGAAUGUGAAAAAAUGCAAAAACUUUUUAGCUACUCUUAUAAAACUUGCUUCUCAUAAUUCACCUUCUCCAGAAACAUCCCGCAAUGUGAAAGCUCUGGUUCAGGAUUUGUUAGAUGCAAAGAUUGAUCCAGAAGAAUUUACAGGCCGCCUCCAAUCAGAACUCAAAUCAUCUCCUCAGCCAUAUCUUGUACCUUUCCUUAAGAAAAGUCUACCUGCAUUGAGACAAUCUUUACUGAAUAGUCAACAUUCAGUUUUGCAAGGACAGCCGUCUCAGCAGUCGCUUCAACAAACCAAGCUAUCACAAGUUAUACCUCAAUCUGCCUCUGGAAGUAUUUCCUCCAUUGUCACAACGCAGACAAUAGGAAUAAGGCAACCAAACAACAUUUGCACAGUCUCUGUAUCAAAUACAGUGCAGCCUCCUCAGGUUAAGGUGGUACAGUCAAAUCAGAGUUCUCAACUGCAGAUUAUCCAGUCAACAUCUGCUCAAACUGUGAAACGAAACCCUGCUUGCCAGACUACCCAGAUUAGGAUGCCAGUGGUAAUAACUCAGACCAUUAGACCACAAGGCACAGUAGGGAAGGCACCAACAAUACAAGCCAGCAAAAGUCCUGGGGGCUUUGGUGUUCAGGUCUCUGCAAAUCAGAAAAACAAGCUGAAUGACCCUGGAGGUGGUUCUUUCAGAGAUGAUGAUGACAUCAAUGAUGUUGCCUCUAUGGCUGGUGUUAAUCUAAAUGAAGAAAGUGCCCGAAUUAUGGCUACCAACUCUGACUUGGUUGGAACUCAGAUACAGUCGUGUAAAGAUGAACCCUUUCUUGCUGCUAUACCUCUACAUAAACGCAUACUUGAAAUGGCUAAAAAAUUAGGAAUUACUGAUGUGCCAGCUGAGGUGGUUACUUUUAUUUCCCAUGCAACACAAAGCAGAUUAAGAACAGUGAUAGAAAAAGUAACAGUGAUAACCCAGCACCGCAUGGAAUCAUACAAAGAUGAUGAAUGGUAUGAACAAGCUACAGAUGUCCGAUCACAAUUGAAGUUUUUUGAGCAGUUGGAACGUUUAGAAAAGCAAAGGAAAGAUGAACAAGAGAGGGAAAUCUUGCUAAAGGCUGCCAAGAGUCGCUCAAGGCAAGAGGACCCAGAGCAAGCUAGACUGAAACAAAAAGCAAAGGAGAUGCAGCAACAAGAACUUGCACAAAUGAGGCAGAGAGAUGCCAAUCUAACUGCAUUGGCAGCUAUUGGUCCCCGGAAGAAACGGAAACUUGAUUCACCUGGACUGCUUACCAUAGGAGGAGAGGGCCUCAGUAUGUCCGGUGGAGGUCAGGCUGGCUUGGGGACUCCUUCAUCCAGACAGUAUGCACGACAGAAAAUAACACGUGUAAACCUCAGGGACUUCAUCUUCUACAUGGAACAGGAAAGAGAAACGAGCCGUUCUCUCCUGCUCUAUCGAGCUUUGCUUAAAUAAAGCCAAGUAUUGUACUGAUUUCUCCAUACAGAAGUUCAACUUGCAUUGAAAGCUGUCAUUUUAAUGUGCCUUCUAUUUUUUUCAGAAGUCAAUGUUCCGGUAAUUUUGUUUUGUAAAACUGUCAGACACAUGCAAUAAAUUCCCUUUAUGUAAAAAAGAAAAAAAAAUGUGCAAAAGGUUUUAAAAUGUUAAAUCCACAGAUGUAACCAACUUCAAAGGCUUACUGCGUUUGGCCACGUUAGAUAAGGCUAAAAUAGAUGGCAUUGAAGUUACACAAAGAGAAAGAAUGCUGCAGUGGCUCACAAAGAUGUCAUGGCCAGGAGGAUCGGGACCUGAAUGGGAAAACCUUUGUGUUCACUGACAGUGCUGGUUUUCCUUUAAGGUUUGCUAGCACUGUUUCCACUGAGCAUGGUAAUACCGGUUAGAUUAGAUAUAAUUGCAAUUUUUUGCACAGCUAAAAGAAAAACCAAUGCACGCUGCCACAAAUUUGAUACAUUUAGGAUUUUUGCUUUUGCAGCCCAGCGCGUUCCUUCAGCCAUUUGCUGAACCAAAUCCUAAGUGUAUGAAAUCUGUGCGUCUGGGUCCCAGCCGCAGUCCAUUGAGUGGCUUCCCGUUGUUGUCUGAAUCUCUUCAACCUUUUGCACAUUUGUAGCAGUUAGUAACAUGAAUCCUUUUAUUUUCUAAAAAUAUCUUAAUUUAUUUAUUGCAAAGAGUAUGGUUUAAUGAUGGUUAUAAAAGAGAGUAUUGUUUGGGAAAGAUUUUAGAGUAUUCUAUAUGGAUUAUUCAAGUCACUGUAAAGGAGGCUUUUGGGAUCUGGUUCCUCUUGGCAGUCACGAGAGCCAGGGUGUGCCCUGGGAGCCGGUGCUGCGGGGACUGGUGGUGCUUUAUGCGGACGAUUGGACCUGAGGACUCCAGUCCAGAGAGGCUCAUGAACAAGUGCAUGACUUUAAGCAUAUGGGUAGUUGUCAGUACUUACGGUGGGAUGAAUGCUUUUUAAACGCUUUGCUGAAUUGGAUUUUCGGGGGCCCACACCAAAGUCAAGCAAAGUUGACUCAAGUGCGAGUCUUUUUAAAUGGGUAUUGGAUAGGAAUGCUCAGCAGGAGGUGGGCACGAGCCGUACUUCUGAGGUACAGUGUUUCCGGUAGCCGUGGAAGGGAGACGUCUGCUUAUUUAUCUUUUCAAUUUUUACUACGUUAUGCUUGCCACUUUUUUGAGGCAAUACUUUUUUUUUAAUGGGAAACCGUAGCGAAAGCACAAAUAGAACUAUUUGUCCAAUAGUUUUAAAAACAAAAGUUUUAAUUAUUUUUUAAGGUUUAUGAAAAGCAGAAGAAAAUUUAUACUGCUGCUAUUUAGCCAAAAGAUUAUUCAUAAGGUAUUUAAGGCCAGGAAGUGUAAAAUUAUGUUUUAAAUGUAUUGAUAAUUUGUACAUAUUGUUUAUAAAGGCCUUGUGUUUAUUAGAAUUACGUUAUUUUGAUGAUUUCUGUACAUACUCGUAAAUACCCCCAAUUUGUGUGAAAACAUACUCCCUUAUUUGUACUUAUUUUGUAAAGAAAUAAAACAAUUUACUAAAGUAA